AUGUCGGCGCUAAGGCCAGACCAAUCCGGCGCGAUACCGCGUCCGUUACCACGAUCGCCAUCACCGAUGAAGUCACCUGUACCAGAAAGAAGGCAGAAUGGUUUGAGUCGGCUUCCACAAGAUGCAUAUCGCGAGCCUGUUGUGCAGAACACGAUAAUUAAUUCGGAACAUCCGAAUCCGCGUAAAUUCCGUAUUCCGGAGAAGAAUCUCGUUAAAGAGAUUCAACAGAAGGAACAAGAAGCAUUAAGAAAAAUCAAUGAACGCCUCAAGAAUCUACCUCCACCGGUCGACCAGGUUCGGAUUUAUUUACCGAAGAAGCCACCUGCACGAACUCCUGAUCCUGUAUUCGCUGUAAUGGAGCCACAACCUUACAUCUAUGCACGUCCUCAUAGCCACAUUGGAGUUGAGGUAUACUUAUGUGCUUGUUACUAA